CACCGGGAAACUUACAGCAUUGUUGAGUUUUGGAGCAGCUUGUUAAUCGCGCAGGCUCGUUUAUAUUAGAACAACUUCCCCCUGCAGCCGCCGCGACCCUGCAGGCUCAGGCUGCAGCAUCUCUGGUGAAGGAUGCAACCCUGAACGGGGGGGAAACCGUCCUUAUACGGGAUAACGGGAACCGGACCGGCCGCUUUUAUUUAUUGAGUAUUCCCAUCCAGAAGUCAUGUUUUCGUCUGCAGGAAAGCGCUGCUUCACGAUCGAGUCUCUGGUUGCCAAAGAGAGUCCCGUGGCGGAGGAGCCGCUGCGUCCCACGGCGCUGUCGUACUCGCACCCCGGGCCGGAGGCGCUGAUGGGCGGGUACCAGCCGUCCCCGGGCCGCCUGUACCAGAGCCCGGAGCUGGUGUUCCCGGAGGCCGCCACACACCCGGCCCUCGCCGGGGCCCUCACCCCGGCCAUCGCCGGGGGCCCGCACCAGCUCGGGGGAGCGCACCAGCUCGGGGGCGCGCACCUGCAGCACACGCACUUCUUCGGGACGCAGCACCGAGACCCGCUCAACUUCUACCCCUGGGUGCUCAGGAACAGGUUCUUCGGACACAGGUUUCAAGGUAACGACGUGUCCCAGGACAGCCUGCUGCUCCACGGCCCGUUCGCCAGGAAACCCAAGCGCAUCCGCACGGCCUUCUCCCCGUCGCAGCUGCUGCGGCUGGAACGAGCUUUCGAGAAGAACCACUACGUGGUGGGAGCCGAGAGGAAGCAGCUGGCCAGCAGUCUGAGCCUAUCCGAGACGCAGGUGAAGGUCUGGUUCCAGAACCGGAGGACCAAGUACAAGCGUCAGAAGCUGGAGGAGGAGGGACCGGACAGCCAGCAGAAGAAGAAGGGGAACCACCACAUCAACAGAUGGCGCAUCGCCACCAAGCAGGCCAGCUCCGAGGACAUAGACGUGACCUCAGAGGACUAAAGGCUCCGGCGGCCCCGCUGCCCCGAGCCCUGAGGACCAACACUAUUUAUUGUGUAAAAUUAUUAAGUUGAAUUAGAAACAUUAGCAGAAGACUCCAGAACUGAAUACGCGAUCACGACAUGUCUUCGUGGAGGUGCUACACGCUGACGCUGGAGAGGACGCGUCCACUCACGACGUCCAUCCUCACGUCUGUGGGGGAGGGAGGACUCGUGCAUCGCUUCACCAUCUCCGGUGGGAAGGAAAACCACGUCCACCUCCUCCAUCGUGCUGUUGUCCUGUUAGAAAUUGUACAUAGGGGCAGUAAUGAAGGUUGUUUUGUUUGGUCAAAGCUGUUUCUUUAAAGUCAUUAACACCUCGUUGCUCAACCCAUACACUCAUCCACCUGUGCAGCGUGUUGAUUUGAGUUUGUCCCUGAUGACGAGACGGCGUGGAGUCACACACCGAGUCCACCCGGG